AUGAUCAAGAUCGACCGUCUGACAUCAACCACCUCUCCGGCAUUCACACAGGCUGCAAGAGUCGUCCACGACGCCUUUGAGCCCGGCUACAUUGCGCAGGCAAUCAGCCCGCGGGGCGAGCACCCCAACUUUCAUUCGACGCGGUACACCAACAUCCUCCGCCAUGGGGUUCUAGACCUUGAGGCGUACACGGCAACUACCGAGGAGGGGGUGGUGCAGGCCAUUAUGAUCGUCGCGCCGCCAGGGACGCCGGACCUUACACCAAACCAGGAGACGGAGGCGACGCGAGGUUUCCGCGCGUCGCUCCCAUCCGCCAUCCGAGAAGCGCAUGAUGCAAUGCACGCGUCCGAGCACGAUCUACAGCAGCGCUCAUUCCCCGACAACAGUGACCAGUACUUUAUCGCGUUCCUCGCGACCUCGCCCAAGGCGCAGGGCCGCGGACUGGGUAAGGCUCUGCUUGCGCAACUGCGGCAGCGUGCGACGACCGAGGGACGGAUCGUGACGCUGCUCACGCAGACCCAGGAGAAUGUUGUGUUCUAUGAGAAACUCGGGUUUGUGGUCAAGGAUACAGUGUCUGGACCUGUCCGCGGUACCAUGAUUCAGUACUGGUCUUUGAUGUGGACGCCGCCUGUCAAGUAG